AUGGUCUCUAAUACGGCCGGAUAUGCAUUCUCAGACUGGGAAAAUGAGAUCCAGCUCGCGCAGGAUGCUCAUAUUGACGCAUUUGCUUUGAAUAUUGCAAACGGAGAAGACACUACCUCCACUUCCAUGCCCAAUGCCUUUACAGCGGCUGAAAAUCUCAAAUUCUAUCUUUUCUUCUCUGACGCAUAUUACCUCCACGGUAAAUCUCCAUUGGUCUCGACAUUUGAAGGACCUGACAAUGCCGAUGACUGGGUGGAUCUCAAAUCACAGAUGUCACUAUUCUUUGUUCCGGAUUGGUCCUCAGUUGGGGCCAAGCCUGCCAGCGCUUUGGGAGACGGUGUAGCAGAUGGGCUGUUUAGCUGGGCUGCGUGGCCAAAUGGACCGAAUGACAUGGAUACCUAUGUUGAUGCUUCUUACAUGCAAUACCUGGAAGAAAAGCCCUACAUGAUGCCAAUUUCGCCGUGGUUCUUCACGAAUAUGCCUGGUUAUGAUCACAGUGGCUGGAGACAAUUCUUGCCGUACCUGAUUGAUCUCUACAAAUUCAACAGCACUACCUCAGGAACAGAGGGCCUUGUGACAGGGUAUCGUCUGAAUGCAGCGGGUGCGUGCGCCGAUAGUGGCACAACUGCGAAUACCGCUUCGCAGCUGCAGCUCGAGCAUUGGCCUAAGGAUGUGGUACAAGAUAAGAUCUUCUAUUCAGCACUAUUGUCACAGCCUGGAGAGAUCUCUGUGACAAUAGAUGGCGUGAAUGUAGGCGCAACCUGGACCAACACCCCUAGUGGCAAUGUUGGCAUCUACCAUAGAAGCGUAUCUUUUGCCGGCCACUCUAGGGACGUGAUACUGAGUGUGUCUACUUCGAGUGGCUUGAUCGAAGUCGGUGGUGCGGAAAUCAGUGAUGGGUGUGAUAUGGGUGACGAAGUCGAAAAUUGGAAUGCAUGGGUGGGCUACACCAUGGGAAACUCGCCCAGUGGAUCCUCCCCUGACCUUAACAAGGAAGAUAUUGUCCAGUUGGGGCUCUCCCCGUUCACCCCUGAUACAUGUGUUGGUGGAAGUGGAGAGGAUGAAUUGGCUGGUCUGUGCAGCUUUGGCUGUAACUAUGGUUAUUGCCCCAUUUACAAUUGUACCUGUACCGCAACGGGUCCCUUGAACACACCUCCUGCCCAAAACACCUCUAUCGUCGGCUGGGCACCAGAUACAGAUGAUAACGGCCUUUGCAACUUUGCUUGUACCAGAGACUAUUGUCCUUCGCCGGUAUGCCUAGACUCGACCCCUGACGAUGAUUCUUGUGGGAGUGUGGACGAUGACAGUGAUGAGUGCUCCAGCACUUCCCCUUGCGAUUUCAGCAUCACCUAUUCCUCUCUCGAUGAUUUGCAAGCAGACCUUGACAACUUGGAUCCAUACUGUGUCGACUUCUAUAUGCUGAGUGCAUUGUACGGGGAGCUGGAGACUGCUUUGAACAACUAUACGAACAUUUCUGACACAACCAAUUACGACGACGACUUCAAAGAGUACUCGAAAUACAUGAAAGCGCAGGUUCAACCUCAGCUAACGUAUUUCAUGAACAUCAGCGAGGUUAUUGGUGAGCCUAAUGGCUUGGGAAAUCAGUAUUUCGAAUGUACAUCCAGCAUACCAUACGGCACAUUUGAUAAAAAUGGAUCGACUACUGCCUGUCCAGAUGAGUAUGUUGGAUCAGAAGAACAGGAACAUAUCAUCUUCUACGAUAUUGUGGACCAAGCAGGCUUCCUUGGCAAUCUUACUGCAGACUCUGGCGUAGAGCCGGACUGGGUAACCCUUGAUGGUGGCUUGUUCCUUGGCGCCAACACGGUGCCUUACUAUGGUACCAGGCCUGACUGCGACUUGACUUGGAGUGCCGGGUACAAAUGCUCUUGGUGGCAGGGAUAUCCCGUUCCAGCCCAGGAUAUCACCAUCACUGACCCUCGAGAUGUCAUGGAAAAGGCUUUGCCAAAUAUCCCCAAUCUCGAACUCUCGAUCUCCCUUACCCAGCUUAGCAUCGCCUCCGGAGGCUUUAGUGGCGUGAUAGACGAUGUUGUUCAGUCCAUAGCUACCGCUGUCUUUACGCUAAUUUCCUCAUUGGGCCUAGCGCGGCUUACGUCAUGA